AGCAAGUAAAUACAUGUGUUAUGAUAUCAAUACUCACUGCAUACAUACUGAGAGACUUAUAAUAAAUCUAAAAAUGGCUGAUGUGGACAUUGCCUGGACAACAACUGAGAGUGGCUUUAAGAUGCCAACAGUGGCCCUUGGUACUCUGAUGGAAAACAUAAAGGCUUUAAUUAAGAAGCCAACAGUGGCCCUUGGUACUCUGAUGGAAAACAUAGAGCCAGAUAAUGCACAAGUUGCUCAGUUAGUACGAGAUGCUAUUGACCUUGGCUACAGACACUUUGAUACUGCCCAGAUAUAUCGCUCAGAACCUGGGGUGGGAAAAGGCAUCAGGGACAAAAUUGAAUCUGGUGAUGUUAAAAGAGAAGAUAUUUUUGUGACAACUAAGUUAUGGAGAAAUGCCCAUGGGACAGAUGAUGUGGUGCCAUCUUUAAGAAGCAGCUUACAAGAACUGGGGUUGGAUUAUGUUGACCUCUUCCUUAUUCAUUGGCCAACUGCCUUCCAAUCAGGACCUAACCAAUUUCCAAAGGAUGAGGUUGGAAAGUUCCAGUAUGCAAGUAUAGACUACCUGGACACCUGGAAGGGAAUGGAAUCGUGCGUUGACCUUGGAUUGACAAAGUACAUUGGACUGUCCAACUAUAAUAGCAAGCAGAUACAGAGAAUUCUAGAUACCUGUAGAAUUAAGCCAGUCAAUUUACAAAUUGAAGUGCACCCAUAUCUUUCCAACUCUAAACUGGUUGCUUUCUGCAAGUCUCAUGAUAUAACAGUUAUGGCCUACUCACCCCUGGGCGGAUUCAAAUGGAGAAAUGGUGAAACUGAAGGACCUUCAAUAUUCAAUGACUCUACUAUACAGGCUAUUGCAAGAAAAUAUGAAAAAUCACCUGCUCAGAUUGCAUUACGGUUUCAACUUCAAAGAGGAGUCGCAGUAUGUCCCAAAUCAUCAAAGAAACAUCGCAUUGCUGAGAAUAUUAAUGUGUUUGACUUCACACUUGGCCCAGAGGACAUGAACCGAUUACUGGCUUGUGAUAGAAACUAUAGACUCAAUGCUGAAUUUCCUGACCAUCCAUUCUACCCAUUUCACGAGAAUUUCUAACUGAGCAGACGAAAAAAUGACGAGGGAUGCCUUGUGGUGAAUGUGUUCCUGGUAUAACUCCAGUAAAACUUAGAUGCCAAAGAAUGACAUACUGUAAACUUCUUUGGUACAAUGAAUUACAGGAGAUAUUAACUAUUAGCUAUAUUAUGUUGCAAUUUAUACGGGAUUUCUAUAGGGAACUGGACUGGCAAAUGCCAAAUUACAAUAUCUCACCAUGCUAU